CUCAUCUCAUUUUGACUCAUUUGGGUUGGAUUGGGAAUCUGGGUCCCAUUGGAAUGGAUUUGGACGACCGCCAGUGAGUGUGUGAAUGUCGAAUUGUCAGGCCAAGCCGCUCGGGAGCCAUGAGAUUGUCGCUUGCAGUGGGCAAUUCCUUCUUGUACGGCCAGUGCUUUUGCAGGAUCUGGAGCUGUGCUAUGCAGGCUUUUGCUCGCGCAAUGGAAUUCCCAUGGAGCGCAUUGAGUCCAAUCUGGAUGCAGGAGAAAUAUUUUUGGUGGAGCGCUCCUUCAAUGUGAUCAGUGGGCUUCGAGCACCGCUGCCGGUGCCGCUGGAAGUGGAGGCCGUAGCCACCGCAGCCCGCAAACAUCCCCGGUGCAACGUCUUCAUUGAGAAUCAGUCCUCCUGCGCCAUAGUGCCGGAGGCUCCGGUGCGAUUGCAGAAUGCCAAGACCAUGCAGGAGGAAUCUCGAGAAAGCAAAUCAUCCUCCAAGGGAGUUGCUAGACAGGCAUCAAUCAAAUCGAUGGAGACUCCACUGUUGCAAGCAAGUGAGGAAGUGUCAGAAGAAGAGGACAAGUUCAGAACACUCGUGCCCCAUCGACAAGCGAUGAAGAUUCCUUCAAACAUCUUCUGGAGGCACAGUGAUGAGUGGGGACGUGAUCCAUUGCUUCAGUAUCGGUUCCUUCCCUUUGAACAUUUGAAGGGCACUCUUGGGAAAGGCAUACGCGCUGUUUUCUUGACCUUUCUUUUUUAUGGGAACAUCGCCGCUGUGGUGAUGCCAGUAGUCCUCGUGCUGGUUUUUGCUGUUUGUCAAGAUGGAGUUCAUGCAGCUGUCAGAGCAGACUUGCUUCGGCGGGAUGCUGGACAACAUCACUACCUGUUGGAUUUCAUCGUGGCUCCUUCCUUCUUCCGCUUUUGGAGCCUUGAUUUGGAGAUGCAGAUCCUUCAAGGUGCUGCUGUGCUUUAUGUUUUCCUCGUUGGUGCCACCAUUGCGUACUGCAUGGUGCUGAGAUCCAUUCCGAGGUUGAAGCCAUUCGAGCCGUUCUUUGGCUAUGCCGAUCAUGCCAUCCGAUGCGUGACCUAUGUGCUGAUUUCCGCCUUCAUCCUCUUCGUCACAAAUACGUUGAUGUGGGUGGUCCUCGGAUCUUUGAUCCGGCCAGCCGACCUGUUGCCCUAUGCCAUCAUGGUGGGUAUGGCGGCGACAGUGACUCAAAGUAUGCUGACAAAGUUCAAGGGCAUGCAGCAGUUUUGCUCCUCCAAAAUGGUGAGUUUGCUUGACAAGGCACUUCUGGCCAUUUUCAAAGUGAUGGCGAAAGAUUUGAAGGGCCGGAACGGCUUUCUUCAAGAGGAACACGAGGCAUUUCAAAAGCUCCAGAUUGAUGUGUGGCAGAAGCUGAGAGAGAUCGAAGAAGCAGAGGAGAAGCAGAUGGCAAGCAUGGUACGGAAGGCCCAUACAAGUGACAAGGCGGAGGAGUUCUUGCGCUCGAUACGCUUGACAUCGGACGCGCCGGUACCUCGCAAGGGUUCCUCCAUGCUGCAAGUCCAGGACCGAACAGAUGGUCUUGCACAAGACAAAGAGAAGCAGGUGAAGAACUUGUCCAAAAGCUUGUCGCUGCACUCCGACACUGUCAAACUGAUCAUGAACUGCUUCGAUAGCUCUGUGGUUAUGAAGCGCCUCGAAAGUGAUAGCGCGGCCAACAGCAACAGCUCGG